AUGGAGGUUGACGAAGGCGUACCACUGGUUGUGGAGGCCCCGGCUAAGAAAUCACCUUUCAGAAGUGUUUGCGUAUUCUGCGGGAGUAGCACCGGGAAGAAGCAGAGCUACCAGGAUGCCGCCGUCGAGCUUGGCGCGGAGCUGGUAAGCAAUGGGCGGAAAACCACUCGUCCGUAGUUCGCCGAUUGCAGCUUCUUUCGUCUCAAUUCGAUCAUCGUUCCUAUUCUUCUUCCUCCUCUAAUGCGGAUGCCUAGCCGCGCAAUGAAGACUGGCCGCCUUUGAAACAGUCUUACAUAGGAUUCUUUUGCGGCAUCCACAGGUGGCGAGGAAAGUAGAUCUGGUAUACGGAGGAGGUAGCGUUGGGUUGAUGGGUCUCGUCUCCCAGGCCGUCCACAAGGGCGGCGGCCACGUCCUCGGGUAGGCCUCUAAUUCCUCCGAGAACCUUCUCCCUCCGCCGCUUCGUCCAUUGUACACGGCUCUUGCUCCGAGCUUUAGAUCUCUCGCUGACUGCUUGACUCGUUUCCUCCCCUCUGCUCAGGAUCAUUCCCCGGACCUUGAUGCGCAAGGAGGUGCCCAAGUUUUCCUGUUGGGACUCUGUAUCUCUCUCUCCCUCGCCCAUGCCACUUCCUCAUUCGUCUCGUUGUGCUGUUUCCCUUCUCUCAGGUCACCGGAGAGACGGUGGGGGAGGUGAAAGUAGUCGACGGGAUGCACCAGAGGAAGGCAGAAAUGUCUCGGCAUUCCGACGCGUUCAUCGCACUCCCCGGUCUCUCUCUCAUUCUCUCUCCCUUCUCCCCAUUCCCUUUUAGGAUUUUCGCGAUUGGCACCUCAGUCUCAUUCGUGACUGAACAUCAGGUGGCUAUGGGACAUUAGAGGAGCUGCUCGAGGUGAUCUCCUGGGCUCAGCUGGGCAUCCACAGAAAGCCAGUGAGUUAGAUCGGAGCGCUCCUUCCUUUCCCGAGCUUUUCCCAUACAAUCGGCACCUCCUCAGACCUGACGGUCCUUCAGAUUUUCGUCUCAAGCCUCUCUUUUUAAGGUUAAAUUCCGUUCUUCAGGUGGGCUUGAUGAACGUCGAUGGCUACUACGACGCGCUGCUGGCGUUAAUCGACAGCGCCGUUGGCGAGGGCUUCAUCGACCCCUCGCAGCGCCACAUUUUCAUCUCCGCCCCCACAGCCAAGGAGCUCGUCCAGAAGCUGGAGGUCCCCCCGGUCUCCGAGCUCACGCAUUUCGCGCCACCGCUGUCUUCGAUCCAUUCCUGGGUUUUUACAGCCUCAGUUUCGACAGGAAUACGUGCCGGCUGGGGACGGGGCGGUGGUCAAGCUGCGCUGGGAGAUGGAGCAGGUCGGUUACACGUCGAUGGUAGCUGAAAUCGCCCGAUAG